AUGCUUCACGACGAGAUCGCGCAACUUCAGGCGGAUCUAGCUGAUUUCAAGCUCGCAUCGCAAGAGCUGGAGAAAGAACUAGAAGCCGACUUGGAAGAUUCGCAGCGGCAAAUCGACGAUUUGAGCAACCAGUUGGCUGACGCUCUCAAGUCCGUCGAACAUUGGAAAGUGAAAUAUGCCGGGCUGCAAGCAGAUUCUUUUGCAAAUGAAGAGAGCUUGAAGCUCAAGCUACAACAGGUAACUGCAGAAAACAGCCGCUAUAUGCACAAAAUACGAGCUGUCGAGAUCGAAAACGACGAUAUCGAACGCAGCGAACGAAUUGCUAAAUCGACUGUUCAAGAGCUGGAGGAGCGUAACGCAGAGCUCUUGGAGAAACUUGCAGUUUCUGAUUCUGCCCUUGCACUUGCUAAAGAGGAGCUCCAACGAGCCAAGGAUGAGCUACGCGAAAAUUCAGACGAAAUCCAGACACUCAAAGAUGGAAUGACCAAGCGCACACCAUCCAACGUCGACAUAAAAAAGCGGACGCUCCGCCGCAUGGAAGGUAUUCGGCAUCAGGUGGAGAAUAUCGAGGGCCAUAUCGAAAGUGUCCGGCGGUUUUCUGCCCAGCCGUCGAAAAAAGAUGCUCUGCCCCGAGUCAAACGUCCUCCAGUCGAGCGAGGGCGCGAUAAGGUUCCGGACCUAAGGGCGAUUGCUUCCGUUUCACGAGGAAUCUCGCCGCCCGCAGGCCACGGAAAGCCAUUGAAUGGAAAAUGA